AUGAAUUUAGAUAUGGAAGUGAGCUUAAGCGAAAAAUGGAUAUUAGAAAGAGAAAAACAAAGACUUACUUUUGAAGAAAAAUCUGAAGACAAUCUUAUGAUAAAAUCAUUUUUAUUGAAGAGAAAUAAAGUAGAAAUUAAAAAUCAAGUUUUUGAUGAUGAAACUUUGAACAUUACAACUUAUCAAGAAAAUAAGCAACAUGAAAUAGAUGAAAUUGAAUUAAUUUUCGAAGAAAAUAAGCAACAAGAAGGAAAAUAA